AUGAGUUCAUUUUUUGGCUCCAGAGAUGAUUGUGAUUAUACAAAAUGUUACUGCGAAGAAAAUAUCUACAGGCCUUUUGUGCUGUGGGACUACCACGUUGUAAUGCUGGAACAGCUAGACGAUGGCGGUGCUCUGGUCUGGGAUUUGGACACCACUCUACCGUUUCCGUGCAGUUUUGAUGAGUAUUGGACCGGAGGUAUCCAGCCGGAGGAGUGGAACAUUCCACCUCAGUACGGCAGGUGUUUCCGGGUCAUCCCAUGUGCUGAGUAUUUGACUCAUUUUUCAAGUGAUCGAUCGCAUAUGAAAUCUGAAGAUGGAGCCUGGUUGUCUCCUCCACCAGAAUGGGACCCGAUUUUGAAGAACGGUUUGAACAACAUUCAUGACUUCAUCUGCAUGGAUCCAAAUUUGUUGGCCGAUAUAAGUGCUGUGUAUGAUGAGAGAGAUAUGUAUCGACGGUAUUCUAGGAAGCCAAUUUUUAAUAGUCUCGAAGACCAUACCUAG